AUGCCUUUAAGCUCCUUGACACGCAGUCCGAGGAAAAAGAAACAGCCCUUGAAGAAGCAGAGGUCCGGGUCUGGAGAAAAGAAUACACAAGAUCAGGAAAGGAAGGAGAAUGAAUUUGCCCAGAUGCAUGAUAAAGAGGUGGAACCUGGAGUUGUUAUAGCGAAGGUGAAAUCCGGGGAGGAUUUCUCGCAUGACACAAGUAGCGAAUGGUUUCAGAUUCGUGAUGCGCUAGUGGCUGCUAUUGACAAUUUUCGACGGGCUGGCUGA